AUGUUAAGAUUAAAAAUCAUAGAAGCGCUCCUCAGCCUCUGCAAAAUGCAUUGUCCCUACUUUUUGACAGUUCUGCGCAAGCAUGUUGUCACCAACCACCGUGUUACAACAGCCACGUCGAGCUCGCACAAGCUGGAUAACGAGGGCUUUAAUAUUGUCGACCAUCUAAAUCAAGGUUUCUUUAAGGAGUGUUUUAUUGCCCUUUACAUUGGAGAUCAAAACAAAUCAUGCAGCAACAACCUGAGCAAUGCAAACGGCAAACUCUUUAACAAGCAUAAGCACAAGUUUGUCAAGGAAACCAAGUUUGAGUGCCCACAGCUCAUUAGUGCGGCCUUUGUUGCUAAUUACAAGGUGCGACAAUCCUUGCAGCAUACAAAUCUCAUAUGUCUCAGCGCUUUAACAAGCAGUUAA